GUACUGCAGAAGAUUGUCCCUCGGCACGUACCGUACGUCACCCAGGAUGCUUUGAGAAGUUGGUAGCCAUCAGCUCAAUGAAAGUUCUUGUCUCUUGUUUUUUUUUUUUUUUAACCUUUUCGCUCAAAUAUAGCCAGGUUUUGAGCAUUUCAGUUUUCCUCGACUGUGAAUUUCUCUGGACCUGUCAACAUGGUCAACGUACACAAAGGUGUCCUUGUUGAAUGUGAUCCAGCCAUGAAACAGUUCCUCCUGUACCUGGAUGAAACAAUGGCCUUGGGAAAGAAGUUCAUCCUCAAGGACCUUGACGACACUCAUCUCUUCAUCCUGGCAGAGGUGGUUCACAUCCUCCAGGAAAGAGUUGGCGAGUUAAUGGACCAGAAUUCAUUCCCCAUCACGCAAAAAUAACCCCCCAACUUUUUCAAAUAACUGUCUAUUCUUGGACUUCGGACUUUGUUAAAUGAACACUGCAGUGUUUUAAAUGCAGACUUAAAUGGAGAAAUUGCUCAUUUUUUGUGCCAUUGAUGUGAAAAAGCUUUAUGUAAAAACACAAACAUGUUUUGUUUCUUGGUUGCACAGUGUGUUAAUUUGUGCUCUCUUUUGUGUCCAUUAUAUGUGUUAAAUAAAUUUAAUUUUGUUUCAA